AUGGCCGAUGAUUCUUCUACCGACUCUGCCUUCGAUCCCCGUCUUUUUCCUAUUUCUCUCACCGCAAACUCAUCCUCCUCAUCGUUACACCUAAUGCCACGAACUAGAAGACUACGUCUGCUGGUUGCCGCAAAUGGCCAAAGAGAUGUCGCCUACGCUCAGGCUAUCGCCGUGCGUCUCCUCAAGGACGCCCAGAUCGAGACCCGUGCCUUAGUCGACGAGAUACCCGUUCGGCUAACUCAUGAUAUUAUUGUCAUGGAGAAUAGGAGUUUGGCUACGUUGGCUAUCGACGCCGACCAGAGGACUAGGGAUGCCAUAGAAUCAGCCAGACAAACCGCCUUCGAACUCGUCGAGUGGGCUGACCUGCUCGUCCUAGCCCCUAUCGAUGCUGACCACCUUGCCAAGAUGAUGUCUGGCAUCGCCGACACUACCCUUCUAGAAAUACUAAGAGCGUGGGAUGUCUCCAAGAAGAUUCUGCUAGUACCUGGCAUGUCGAUGCAGAUGUGGGAGAAUCCUAUGACGAAGAAGCAGCUGAGCAAAAUCAAGCGCAAAUGGAAUUGGGUCAAGGUUAUGGCCCCUGUAUUAUGGCAUUAUGAGGGGCAGAGUGCGCAUAAGCGAACAGUAUUAUGGGAUGGAUUUAACGACCUCGUUGGCAUAAUAAAAAACCAAGCCGAGUUGAUGAGCCUGGGACACGAUGUCGAAGUUGCCACCCAGCAGGCCUUGCAUACAACCGCUACCAGUCGAUCUACCAAGACCUUACCGCCGGAGAUAUGGUCUAUUAUAUUUGAACACGUUGGUGACUGGGAAUUAGCUACAGCUCUUAACAUAUUUACGAACUUAAAGACGCCACCGGAAUGGAGAACUGAUCGUACAGCCCUAUCCGACCCUAUUGAGCUAUAUAUACACGAUCUCGAGUGGUUGAUUCUCUCGUGUCCUGGAACGGAAGCGAUUUGUCAGAAGCUGUCAGAGGCGCCUAAGGGGCUCCGCUUCGUGUCUUAUUUGGCGGUAAAACUUAUCAUUAAGUUUUCGCUUACAGAUGUUCUCACCUACCUAGAAACGCACCUCAGUAAGGUCUUCUGGGCGUCCUUCAGCUCUAAAUUAUUGCCGAAUAAGGCUUCCGGAGUAUAUGGGCGGACGGAUAUUCUCGACUGGUGGAACACGUCUCCUUCGUUUCUGAAGAAGGAAUAUGACGCCGAAGCAUUAGAUAACGCUUCGCGUAUGGGUUACGUUCACGUUUUGGACUGGUGGCUCCGGUCUGGCCUCACGCUUAAGUAUACGGAGGCGGCGCUCGAGUCGGCCUCGGCAAAAGGACACCUUCUUGUCUUGGAAUGGUGGAGGGAUGCCGCGCUGAAACAUGAUAAUAUCCCGCUUAAACCCGGUCGUAGUCUCCUCACUGCCGCUCAGUAUGGGCAGACGGCAGUACUACGUUGGUGGGAAAGUUCGGGAAUUCCGGCAGCUCAUAGCGAGGGCGUCUGCAAGAUCGCUAGCGCGCACGGACAGACUGCGGUGCUGGAUGUGUGGCGGGAACUCAAGGGAGAUAAGCUGUCCUUUGACUCCCAGGUGUUAGUCGCGCCGACGAAGCAAGGGUACGUCGAUGUGCUGGAGUGGUGGAAGCAGUAUGCCCGAGGGGAGUACCAAGUCGAUGGAAGAUCGCAUAGGGUGGAAUAUAAAACUUGUGAUAUCGAGGAGGCGCUUGAGGAUGCCAUCGGGGAUCCUAGACCGGUCCGUAGAUGGUGGGCUCGAAAUGGCUUAAACUUGGGGCUGGGUACGAACGAGUGGAUGAAGAUCAGACGGCUAUAG